ACAUGUACACACGCACACACACUGCUUUCACGCAAGGACAGCGCAGGUCCCAUCACCGCUGUUCACCUCGUUUUUCAUUCUCCUUGCACUGUAGGGGUUUAGGAGAAAAGAGACCAUUGUCCUGUUGCCAUGGCCACAGUGGGACGGGUGCUGUUGAUGUGCAUGCUGGCAGUGGGGUGGUGCCUGGGUGGAGGGGUGGAGGAGGAGCCCAGCGUUGACCCCAGGGAAGGCUGUUCCCGCUGGAUGGGGGGGGUGCCUGGGACCCCUGGUCUGGACGGACAGUCAGGGAGGGACGGGAGAGAGGGGCGUCCUGGAGAGACCGGAGAGACCGGAAACCAAGGGCCCAGGGGGGAGAGGGGGGAGCCCGGGGUGCCGGGGGGCGAGGGAAGGCUGGGGCUACGGGGUUUCCCUGGCACGCCAGGUCUCCAGGGGAACAGGGGAGAGAGCUCUUUCCCGUACCACUCAGCGUUCAGCGUGGGUCUGACCUCUCCCACCUCGGCUGUGGAUACGCCGAUCAUGUUCACCAAGACCUUCUACAACGAACAGCAUCACUAUGAUGACAUCUCGGGAAAGUUCCGGUGUUUUAUCCCUGGAGUGUAUUACUUCACCUUCCAUCUUACCGUGCAGGGUGAGGGGUUACGGGUUGGUCUUUACAGGAAUGGGCGUGUGGUCUCCCUGACUCUGGACCAGUAUUUGACCUCUGACCUUGACCAGGCCUCGGGGGGUAGUGUGCUGACCCUUGCAGCUGGAGACCAGGUGUGGCUGGAGGUGUACGGCCCAGAAAUGGAGAACGGGGCCGUAUUUGCAGACAUCACCAAUGACUCCACCUUCACUGGCUUCCUGAUCCAGCCCCGCCUACCCGUCAGCCCAUUGGCGAACCACUGGCGUUGAGAUGUCACGUAAUUUCUGACUCCUCCCAUCACCUCAAGCUCCUCCCUGUUAUCUCUCUUGUGCCCCUCCCCUUCUCCUGUUCCCCGCCUCACUGCCUUGUGUGGAGAGCAAAGUUAAGUUCCCUGAUCAUUGACUGUGGGUGUCAGAUGGCUGAGCGGUUAGAGAUUCGGGCUAUUAAUCAGCCGGUUCGAUUCCCGGCCAUGCCAAAAGACGUUGUGUCCUUGGGCAAGGCACUUCACCCUACUUGCCUCGGGGGGGGAAUGUCCCUGUACUCACUGUAAGUCACUCUGGAUAAGAGCGUCUGCUAAAUGACUAAAUCUCUCAGGGACAGGACAUGUCCCUCUCUUCUCCUCUUCUCCCUCCUCAACCCUUUCUUCUCUUCAUUCACUAUCCAUUUGUCAACAUCCAACUGGCCUGUGGCCCGGAGUGACAGUUAGUGUGAGACUGUGGUCCGUCUUCCUGCUGGGUGAUAUUUACAGUCCAGUCUCAAAUUAGAUUCUUCCAAAAUGAUCUGCAAUGACAAAAGGUCACACUGCCAAUUUAGAACAGCAUGCUAGAUGAUUCACAGCUCAGCGUCAAAUGAACGUAGAAUAUGACUCUGUUGUAUUGUAACUGUCAUGUUAUGGAUAUUACUGUAAUAUAUACAGUAGUGGUUGGGUGAUCAAAAAACUAGAAGGGAUCAUUUUGCGUGGUGAAUCAUGGUUUGUGAAAAGCCUCGGUCGAGUGUAGCAUCCCUGCUGCCUCACAAUGCCUCAGUGCCACAAUGUCUCAGUGUUGUGAGUGGCCUCUCUCCAUGGACACUGGAGCCACGGACAUCAGUGUGUCUGAGUGCUCCUGG